AUGACAAGCUACAUCAACUCCACUGAUUCAAACCCCUGGGAUCAGAUGAUUGUUCUUUCCCAGAAGGUCAUCAAUGAAUCCUUUCAGAACAUGUGGGAGGUUGCUCAGCUUGAUGGUGAUUCACCUCUCACUCACUACGAGCGCACUACUAGAGGUGGAGAAUAUCUCAAGUUUGAUGUCGGUGCCCCCUCUGUGGAAUUGCAGGUUGUCCCCAAGGAUGAAUUGCUUUUCUUCAAGCUACAUAUGACAAGCGGAUCUUGUUUCAUCUACCUGAGCGAUGACUCGAAUGAUGAUAGUCAUAUCGACUGGCAGAUAAACGACUGGGUUUUUGCUUUUUCGGUUAGCAUUGCGCAAAAGACGGUUGAAAAAGAAAGCCAAGAGUACAAGGACUUCAAGAACCGUUCUGGGCUCCUUAACUGGGACUUUUCGUUGGCAUGCCUCUUUAUUGAUACUUCUUCGUCUACCAAGUUUUCGGAGGAGCUGAGCUCUUUCGGCGACAGACAGUCAGAUUACAAUACCCUCAUGACUGCCAGAUCGAAGGGCGUCUUCCAGUCGUUCGUUAGUGAGUGGGUUAAUGUAAUGGCAGCGUCAGGAUGCAACAUCUUGGGUUACUCUGCACAGGCCAGUGCCGACACAAGUGACCAGUAUCAACCCACCUUCCCGCCUACUCUUAUGGACUAUGAUACCUACCCUUGGAAGGCUACUCCAACUUCGGCGAACCAAGACAACCUCGACACCAAUUCUCUGUGCUAUCUCAUGAUGUCCAACUUCACCGUGCCUGCAACUGACGCGGUAACCUACAGCGGCCAGUGGACAGAUGACCAGCACGGCGGUACUUAUGUUCUGAAUCGUUCCCUCUUCUGGCCCUGGAUGUUUACCGUGCUUCGGGACGUGGUCAAAUCCAUGGUCCCUGUUCCAGAUGUCCCAACGCUCUAUUGGGACAACACUGACCCAAACCACCCAUAUGCGUCUCGAAUGGAAUAUCACUUUGGAGAUAACACGGCUAGCGAUGACAGCUAUAAAUUUGUCUCAACUGGCCCUGGUCAAUGGUCUUGGACCGGUGUUCCCCUCAGCCAGUCCAACAAGGUCGCUAAUCCAAAUGAUAGCAGUGAUUACGAAACCAUUGUUGAAUCUACCAAUGUUCCUAAGCCUGGUGCUCGUAAGUGCAGCGUGCCACCCAAAGAAUACUUAACACAAGAUACAUACACUAAGACAAGGUUGAUAGCCCCUGUCAGCGGCGGCACUCUCAGUUUUACCGCCGGCCAAGAACAGAUCAGCCUGACUGGCAAGUCUACUUUUGUUGUCCGAGUAGACCACAGCAGGAAGAAGAAUCCCACAUAG